GUGAUAUUAGCCACAACAAAAAAUUUGUGGUGGAUCGCACAAAAAGUUUUUGGCGUUACGUAUUUUUCGCGUUCUACCUACGGCAAGCAACGGCAAGGUGCUCGUCAGCCACGUCGUCGCCUCGUCCAGGAUUUGGCGGCCCGUCGACGACGCGAAACUGCACAAUCACGCAAGAGUUAUAGGGAAAUUUCAGCAUUCACAAUGGCAGGAGAGCAGCAACAGUUUUUUCUCAAAUGGAAUGACUUCCAAUCAAACAUGGUGUCAUCGUUCAAACAUCUGCGAGAUGAGAAAAGCUUCACGGAUGUGACAUUGGCUUGCGAUGGUCAGACUUGUAAAGCACAUAAAAUGGUCCUGUCCGCCUGUAGUCCUUACUUCAAAUCUUUAUUAGAGGAAAAUCCGUCCAAACAUCCAAUUAUAAUUCUAAAGGACGUUGCGUACAGUCAUCUACAAGCCAUCCUAGAAUUCAUGUAUGCAGGUGAAGUAAAUGUCUCGCAAGAUCAGCUACCAGCAUUUCUCAAAACAGCAGACCGGCUUAAAGUUAAAGGACUAGCUGAAGCUCCCGGUGCCAUUAAGAGAGAAGGUUAAAAAUACACACGUAAAAUAUGGUAUUUGAAAAGUGUGUGGACUGAAAAAAACUGUAAUAAUGUAAAGUGAUUGAGUAAAACACGUACCACACAACAUAAACACACAACACAACAUACAUUAUAAAUAUAUAGAGACAUAUGUAAAAAAAAUUUAAACACUGCGUGUGCACAACUCGGUGUCCUAUGGUUCAUGACUUGGAUCAACACGCGGUGAUGAUGUAAAAUAAUGCCUUUUUCUUAUUCUCAGUUAAUGUUAACUGGUUGUAUUGAUAGUAUGUACACAUACAUGCAAGUAGAGAAAAAAAUGUUGAUGUUUGUCUUGAACCCAUUACGCCAUAUUGGCAAUAAUAACAACACAUUGAUUAUUUUUUUAAAAAUGAAUCAUCGCGAAUCAAUGGAUCGUGAUAGUUUACAAUGCAUACUGACCGGGGCAAUCUUGGUGGAUCAAAUUGGAAAUGUUGACAACACCUGUUACAAUACCUGUUUUUCAAGCCGAUCUACCUGACUCAUAGCACUCCCCUAUCGAUUCUAUUUGGUAGAUCUAUUCACGAAGUAGCGUUAUAUUACCAUAAUUAUUUCUGUUAUUUUUGUCGCGCGUUAGCUAUUACUCAAUUCAUCUGCAACAUGUUGAAAAUAUUGGAGCCUAAUUUUUUUAAAUCUAUAUUAUUUCUGGUGUUUUUCGUUUUUGCAAAUUAUUAUAAAGAUGAUUAUGGAGAUUGAUCUCAUAGGGCAUUAACAUAAUAUGUUCACUAUAUGUGACCAUAUCAUAAUAUGAUCACUAAAUUGUGUAUAAAUACUAAUUAAAUAAUGACAAAUGAAAGUAUUUCAUUGGCAUCCAUAUAUAGAGAAAUUUUGCUUCUAUCGUGAAUAGAUUUGCGAAACCCCCGGCAAAUCAUUUAAAGAAUAUCAAAUCAGGUUUACUGGAAGUAGUAACAUGCGCGUUUAAAUCAUUCUCUUUUGUCAGUUUUGAGAUAUUGAAAUUAUACUGUUCUUUUGCGUUCGCGUGAAAUGUAAAAAAAAAGAGUUACAAAAUAUGAAAGGAAUUGUAAUAUCAUAAUUAAUCUCCGUACAAGUUACCUCUUCUAGUGAUCAUGAUUUUUACUUAACCAAAUACUGCCAGUGUUUGUACCGGCGUAUUCACAAUAUUACCGAUAUAGACCAAAUUUAUUUAUGAUAAUAAUAUAUUAAGGGUUGAAUGUCUUAAAUUGAGGGAAGGUUAUUGUAAUAUAAGUGAAGUAAAUUUUUGUAAAGUC